CAUUCAUAUCAGUCGCAUUGUAAUAUUUAUCCAUCAUUGAGACUGCCAAUUCCUUUCGUUCUACCACGAGAAAACCCAUCCACCAAAACCCACGAGUCGAAUCCAAUUACCGCAGCGUGUACCACCCGGGCUGAGGAAGCGAUUCCUCCGGUGGUGUGUCACCAUAAUCUCAUAUAAAUUCAGAUAUUGAACAUGUACCCUCCAUCAAUCGGUACGUCGCUGCCCAUCGAGGCCAUCAGUGGAAUCUGUGGCUCCAUCUCCAUCGCCUGCUGGGUCGUCGUCUUCUCGCCGCAGAUCGUCGAGAAUUUCCGUCGCCGCUCGGCCGAGGGGCUAUCGAUCGUCUUCGUCGUCAUCUGGUUAGCGGGAGAUGUGUUUAAUAUCGCCGGCGCAGUGAUGCAAAAGGUGUUACCGACGAUGAUUAUCUUAGCCGUGUACUAUACGUUGGCAGAUAUCGUCCUCCUCUGCCAAUGCUUCUACUACAAGGGCUUUACCCUCAAAGAUGAUGUCCCUCCUCCCGCAGCAAAUGGCCACUCCAGCGACGCCGCCGAUGAGCGUGCCCGCCUCCUCCCUGACUCCCGCCCACCACCCCCGUCCUCGCUAGAACGCCGCCCCAGCUUCCGCGAGCGCCUCCUCUCCAGCUCCGCCGACGGCACGAACCUCUCCCCCGUGACCCCCUGGCACUCCCACGCGCCCGUUGACGAAACCUCACCAUCCACCCCGCCAUUCUCCAGUCCGCGGUCGCGUGUGCAAGCGCUCCUCUUCAACGCCACGGGGAUCAUCCUCGUCCUCGCGUCGGGGGUGCUCGGAUGGUGGCUGAGCAGUCACCCCUCAAGCGAAGACGCACAGAAGCCCACGGACCCGGGGGCGCUGCGGUUUAGCUGGUGGGGGCAGGUGUGCGGGUAUGUGUGCGCGCUGCUGUACCUGGGGUCGAGGGUGCCGCAGCUGCUGUUGAAUUACCGGCGAAAGAGCACGGAGGGAAUCUCGAUGCUGUUUUUCAUCUUCGCGGUGCUGGGGAACUCGACGUACGUGUUGUCAAUUAUGGCGUUUGAGCCGCGGUGUCCGGGGGUGGAGGGCUGUGCGGGUGGGGAGGCGGCAAGGAUGUAUUGGAGGUAUAUGCUGGUGAAUUUGAGUUGGAUUUUGGGGAGCUUGGGGACGCUCUUUUUGGAUAUGGGGGUGUUUGUGCAAUAUUUCAUAUAUCGAAAGGACGAGGAGGAAGAUUACAACGAUGAAGAUGUCAUUGUAGCUAGGUAGCUUACCUAUAGGUCAUAGAAAUAUCGGCUAGGACCGACCAACAUCAGUCCAAGUGUGUGUCAGGAAGUCCUGCUCAAUUUGGCUCCAAGAUGCGGGUAUAUAUUAUCGCCGGAGUCAAUCUUACGGAAUCUCAAGACGCGAUCUUCUGUC